AUGCCCCGAGAACAGAAACAAAUCAUCCGCAUAAUCUUCAUGAUUCCAGUAUUUGCAACCAUUUCGUUCCUCUGCAUACAUUUCGAAGAAGCCGCAGCUUAUAUUUCCCCAAUCAAUGAACUCUACGAGGCCUUUGCAUUUGCCGCAUUCUUCCAGCUCUUGUAUGCCUACGCACUUGAAGAAACUCAUGCACAAUCUUUCUCUGGACAAGCAUCACAACUUCCCCCAAUUCGCAAAACUGCCAUCCAGAUCUUCCAAUUCCCAGCUAUCAUGUUCAUCGUAUUCCUCAUAGAAGAGAUCUCAGAGGCAAAGGGAACAUAUUGUGAGACGGAGAUUAAGAUUUACUUCACUAGGAUUUGGUGUGUAAUCCUUCGCAUAGGCGGUACCAUCAUUGCCAUCCUGGCACUUCUCCGCUUCUACAAAUCCACAAAGUCCCUAAUAGCGGCUCGCAAACCCCUCCACAAACUCAUGGCAUUCAAAGGAAUUGUGUUUUUGAACUUUCUGCAGUCCAUCGUCUUUGCAUUCCUCUCGUCGCGUCUUUCGCCGACCAAUAAACUUACCACUCGGGAUUUAACGGAUGGAAUUCCCAAUCUACUGAUUUCAUUAGAGAUGGUUAUCUGCUCGAUCUUAUUUCUGAAGUUCUAUGCCGUGGGCGAGUACGCCAAGGGAAGAGAGACUUUCCAGGGAGGUUUCAUGGGAAUUAAAGCAAUUGCCGGAGCAGCGAAUUUUAUUCCUUUCAUAGGGGAGAUGGUAAGGAUGGCGAUGGGAAAAGAAAACACAGAAAAGGGGGGAAAUAUAUGUAAGAAUACUUACUCCUCUUAUAAGGCCUCAUCUGUUUGA